AUGCCCCACCGUCCCGAGCCGGUGAGCGCCGAACUGCAACCGAGCAACGUCCGCCAUAGUCUGGACGAUGACGAGACGAAAAAGCCUCACGUGUAUGAGGAUAUCCCAGGGGACCCGUUUGGAGAGGAGGUCGAGGGACAGAUGAGGUAUAAGACGUUGAGCUGGUGGCAAUGUGGAAUGCUCAUGAUCGCCGAAACAGUCUCUCUGGGGAUCCUGUCUUUACCAGCAGCUGUCGCGGCCAUGGGAAUUGUUCCCGCAAUCAUCGCCCUUCUCGGACUCGGCGGCAUGGCCACAUACACGGGAUACGUGAUCGGACAGUUCAGAUGGCGGUACCCGCAUGUGCACAGCAUGGCCGACGCAGGGGAGGUGUUAUGGGGUGCCUUUGGCCGGGAGCUGCUGGGCGCGGGACUGAUUCUGCUCCUGAUCUUCGUGAUGGGCAGCCACCUGCUGACGUUCGCGGUGGCGAUGAACACGAUCACGAACCACGCAACGUGUACCGUUGCCUUCAGCAUCGUGGGCUUCGCCAUCUCGCUGCUGUGCACGCUGCCCCGAACCCUACGAGGGAUGACCCUCAUGGCACCAAUGCCAGGCUUCAUAAGUAUCCUCUCCGCCGUCUUCGUGGUCAUGAUCGACCUGGGAAUCAUCAGAAGAGGCCACUACCAGACCAUUGUGGUGCACCAUACGGACCUCAACCACGGGUUUCUAGCCAUCACUAACAUGGUCUUCUCAUUCGCCGCCCACGCCGCCUUCUUCGGCUUCAUGUCGGAGCUCAAAGACCCAAAAGACUACUCCAAAGCCGUCUUCCUCCUGCAAGGGGUCGACACCUCACUGUACAUCUUCGUGGCAAUUCUAAUCUACUACUUCGCCGGACCAGACGUCGUCUCCCCAGCACUAGGGUCCGCCUCCCCGGUGGUCCGCAAAGUUGCCUACGGGGUGGCUUUACCGACGAUCAUCAUCUCAGGCGUGGUAAACGGCCACAUCGCCUGCAAAUACAUCUACAUCCGAUUAUUCCGCGGGACGGAGCGCGUGCACGCGACCGACUGGGUCAGUUACGCGCUGUGGGGACUGAUUGCCCUCGUGCUGUGGGUGCUGGCUUGGGUGAUUGCCGAGGCGAUUCCGAGUUUUAGUAAUAUUCUUAGUUUGGUGGCGUCGUUGUUCGCUACUUGGUUUACUUAUGGACUACCCGGGAUCUUCUGGUUGUAUCUGAACUGGGGGCAGUGGUUUAGAUCGCUGAGGAAGUUUGCUCUAACGAUCGUGAAUGGGUUUAUGUUUUGUGUGGGCGCGAUUAUUUGCGGGCUCGGACUAUACGUCUCGGGGAAAGCCAUCCAUGAGACUCCUGCCGGAGCCUCUUUCUCCUGUGCAAGUAGUUCUUAAGUUGGACGGAUGGAGAGCGCGACAGAGGGGCGAUCCAGAACGUUCGAACAGGACGAAAGGGAACAAGCAUAGCGAAAAUGAUUAAGGCAUAAUUGGUGAUAGGACUACCUCAACUGCUAGACAAGACUAGAUAUGCUACAUCCAUCCACAAAAGUAUAGAUAGAAAGAGAACCCCACCAGGAUAGCAUCCUGUAAACACGGGCAGCGAAAAACUACCACUUCAGCUUCUUCGGAAUAUACUUACUUGCCUGACUCUGCAAGAAUCCCUUCUUCUCCGGCUCCGACUCCGGCUGCGGCAUAUCCACGGCUUCAGGCUCGUGGAUUUCUCGGGCCUCGACGCCUGGU